UAGUAUGUAACAUAAUUAGUGUGAGGGUCAAAUUUUAAACUAAUUUUGUAAUAUAAGCAUGAAAGUAGUGAUUCUAUCAACCAAUGAUGGAUAGAAUUGAAAAGUGGGUAGGGUCAUUUGAACCCUCUCACUCUCAUGUGGCGUACCUAGUUCCCAGAGUUCGGCUACACAAAUCAUUAAUGUUGCAUCUGGAAUUAUAAUUCAUAUGUAGCUAGCCUAGCUAGGUUGGGUAGCGUUAGCAGUUGGCGUGUUCAUAGUUCCUGCUGUCCUGUGUACUCCUGUUCUUGAUAAAAAGACGUCCUUCUCUGAUAUUCUCCAUACUCUCUACCUUUGCCCGGCAGCAGUCAGCAGCACAGAUGUUGAGGUUGCAGGCAUUUUCAAUUCCCGACUACAAUCCAGUUACCUUUCCCUCUUCAUGCGUCAUUCCUAGCUCGCUUCAUCUUCACCGUCAGUCAGUAUCUUUUCCAACCACACGGACGCGUCUCCGGUCACUCCGCAUCGUCAGGAUAUGCAGCACUUCCCUUGCAGGCGAUUUCGGAGGUGGCAUAGGAAUGAGUGGUUUUUAUGAUGUUGAGCUUAAAGUCCGGGACUAUGAGCUUGAUCAGUAUGGCGUCGUAAACAAUGCUGUCUAUGCAAGUUAUUGCCAGCACGGUCUUUAUGAACUUCUUGAAAGGGUUGGCAUGAGUGCUGAUGCAGUUGCCAGAACCGGUGAAGCAUUCGCGCUGUCAGAAUUGUCUCUGAAAUUCAUUGCGCCUCUAAAAAGUGGAGAUAAGUUUGUCAUAAAGGUCCGGAUGACCAACUCCUCAGCCGCUCGCGUCUACUUUGAUCACUUCAUUUUCAAGCUGCCAAAUCUAGAGGUUUGUCAUUAUCACUCUCUAAUUAUGCUGGCCCUUGACGCCGAGUUACCUACUGAUCAUGGCAUGGUUUCUAAACAGCCUAUCUUGGAAGCCAAGGCCACAGCAGUGUGGCUUGAUAAAGACUAUCGCCCUGUACGUAUUCCAUCUGAGGUGACAUCUAAAUUUGUGCAGUUUCGUCGCCAUAAGGAGUCCAAACACGUCGUGCACAACGGUGUUGGUGCUAGAAGUCUUCGUUUCUAAACCUUUUAAUCUGGUACCAGGAGA